ACUCUAGAGGAGUUUUGUAGUAUCGAAAGACAACAACAUGGAAUCUGAAAUUAUGGACACACGUUUUUCAAAUCAAAACAUGACAAAUUUAGACUCAGAAAAUGACACUGAAACACCAAAUGACGACACAGAUCAAAACAUAACAGAUGUAGACUCAGAAAAUGAAACUGAAACACCUAACGAUGAUACAAAUAAAAACAUCACAGAUUCAGUUUCAGACUCAGAAAAUGAAACAGAAAUACCUUCUGAUGACACAAAGAAAAGAGAUAAGAAGAAGAGAAAGAACGAAGAUCCUGGAAUAAUAUACCUGAGUCGUAUUCCUCCUCUGAUGAAUGUAAAAAUUAUCAGAAAUAUGUUUUCUGUGUAUGGAGACGUUGGAAAAAUCUUUCUCCAGCCUGAUGACAAAGCAGCCAAUACAAAGAAAGGUAGGAUGUUCACAGAAGGAUGGGUAGAAUUUGAGGACAAAAAGGUGGCAAAAAGUGUGGCUACUAAAUUAAAUAGUAAACAAAUAGGUGGUAAAAAGAAAAGUAGAUGGUAUGAUGAAAUGUGGACCUUGAAAUAUUUACACAGAUUUAAAUGGGGACAUUUGAAUGAAAGGUUAGCGUAUGAGAGAGCAGUACAUAAACAGAGGAUGAGAACUGAAAUAGCUCAGGUCAAACGAGAGGCUAACUUUUAUAUUCAAAACGCAGAGAAAAGUCGAACAAUUAAACAUAUAAAGGAAAGAAAGUUAAAAAGAGGAGAAACAUUUGAUGAACCAAGUAGUGACAGAUCAAUUGAAGUGUCUCAGAGAUCGACAGAAGAGGAAAUUAUGAAUAAAAGAAAAAGAAAACUGUCAGCAAGAAUUUCAGAUAAAACAAUGAAAAAACCAAAAGGGACAGAAACUGAAUUAGUGAAUAAGAAAUCCCUUGCAGCACAGAAGUCAUUCAUAAAUAAAUUAUUUUCAAAGUCAUCAGCAGCAAGCGACGAAGAUUAAUGAAAUAAAACUGUAAACAUUUAUCUUGACCUUCAUAUGUCCUUCCAUCUUCGCUAGCCAAAGGUUACGAUCCACUUGGA